GCCGGACGUCCUCUAUAAAACCCCGAGACUGCGGCUGCGCGCCCGUGGCAGUCGCCGUGCAGUGCGCGAGGACGCCGUUGAUUGUGCGCCGCCACGCUGCCGAAUGAGCGACGCUCACGGGCAGCAUCAGGAGCAGCCAACGACACCGCGACCUCCUCUCGUGCGCAGCACAAGCGGUGGUUGUGUGGCCGCUGGAACCAUGGAGUCCUCGCAAGUCGAAGGCCCGGUCAAGGCCGCCGUCACUGCCGAGACUCUCGCAGUCUCUAACGGGCCGCAGCCGGGUGGUCGCCACGGAGACGGGGGUACCCACGGAGAUGGGGGUACCCACGGAGACGGGGGUACCCACGGAGACGGGGGUACCCAUGGAGACGGGGGUCGCCACGAAGAUGAAGGUCGCCACAGAGACGCGGAACGCCUGGAGAGAGAGGAGCACUCCAACGGCAGCGCCAGGGUGAAGCUCCCGCCGGGUCGCUCGGUGGACGACUGUCGAGUCGCUUCCCCUGAGCGUGGAGCACUCCCAGCGGGACGCUCCCCCACACCCACCCGGAGCAGCGCUCACCUCCCGCUGCUCCUCCUCCUCCUCCUGCUGCCGCUGCCCCUGCUGCUGCCGCUCCUACUGCUGCUCCUGCCGCUACUGCUACUCCUGCUGCUGAUGUUGCUGCCGCUCCUACUGCUGCUACCUGCCGCUACUGCUACUCCUGCUGCUGCUGCCGCUCCUACUGCUGUUGCUCCUCCUGCCCCUCCUCCUGCUGCUGCUCCUGCUGCUACUGCUGCUCCUCCUCCUGUUGCUGCUGUUGCUGCUCCUCCUCCUGCUGCUGCCCCUGCUGCUGCUGCUGCUCCUCUUGCCCCUGCUGCUGCCCCUGCCUGCUGCCCCUGCUGCUGCCCCUGCUGCUGCUCCUCCUGCUGCUGCUGCUCCUGCUGCUCCUCCUGCUGCAGAGGCAGCCCCCUCUGUCUCCGCAGAGGCCUGCGCCGGGGCCCAGGUUGGGGACCCCGAGAGGAUCCCCUCGCUUCCAGGUGACCGGCACAGGCCACCGCUUUUCCACACGCGCGUGUGUGCAUGUGUAACGUGUGCGUGCGUGCGUGUACGUGUGUGUGCAUGUAUGUGUAAUGCGCGCGUGUGUGCAUGUGUAACGUACACGUGUGUGUGUGUUCAUGUGUAAUGCGUGCGUGUGUAAUGGGUGCGUGUGUAAUAUGUGCAUGUGUGCAUGUUUAACGUGUGUGCGUGCAUGUGUAAUGUGCGCGUGUGUACAUGUGUAGUGACUGAAUCGGAGACACUAAGAGUUGGAGGCACUGUUUAUUAACACGCACCAACGGGAUAACACUUCAUCUAUAGUCGACUACGGUUCCCAACCAGAGCAGCUGGUAGGCUGGCUCGCUGGCGACGCCGAGAUGGUGAAGACUCCAGCAGCAGCACGACGGGGAUCCCCCCACUCCACACGACAGCCCCGAGGUCCCCUCUCGGGCCCCUCUUAUACUGCCAGCGUGGCCAGGCUCCGCCCGCGGCCACGCCCCCUUUCUAGAACCUACCAGCGGGUUCUUGGUGUGCCCCUUCUUUGACCUUUCCCCUAGAUCCCCCUCUGGUGUAUCACGUGGCCUGCUGACCUCAGGGCUGCUGUCAGCUGCAGAUCCCCUUCCCCGCCAGUAGCCAGCGCU